CGUUUCUGCUCCCGUCCCCUGCAGCUUCCCGAAAGCCCCUCCAAGCUGCCGGCACCAGCCUUGAGAAACCGGUAGGAAAAGCUUGGUUUUGCCUUCCUUUUCUUGUUCAAAAACCAGAUUUGGAGCCUUGAAACCUUCCCCCCUCUCUGCAGAAAUUCGGAUCUGCCUUGCUCUGCUCCUCACCGCCGGCUGGUCCUGCUUUGUGGGGGCGAAUUGCUUUGAUUUUCUGAUUGCGUGAAUUCCCCCUGCAGUUGCCGCCGGCCUCUUCCCCCAAUCUGCACUCCGGUUUUGCUUGCUGGAUUUAUGGUUCCUGAUCGUUCUGUCAGUUUAGCACUGAGAUCGAGUCUUUGGUUUUAUGCGAGUGAGGUAAGUAAAUUUAUGAUAAUGCCCGUACUGUUUUUAAAAACAUGUUGAUUUGUUUUUGAAGUGAUAGCGGGACUAAACCUGUUUUACACAAGUAUGAUUGAUUUGAAGUGAAAUUUUUAUACUUUUCAUAAAUUGAGCAUGCCUACUUGAAAUUUAAUUGAUUAUCCUGAUGAUUUGAAAGUGAUUGGUGAAUUAUGAUUUUUCUGUUAAUUUCUGUCUGUUUUGUCUCCGAUGUAGUUAUGUUAUUAAUGAUCCUGCUAGUGGGGGUUAAACGCUAGCACAUGUCGACAUGUUAUUGAUAGAACCGGUUCGUUCAAGUGUAGCCUGCCAGUGGGAGGUUUAUAACACUGGCCGUGACCUAUAGAGGAGACGUCUAUUUCGUUCCCGUACUGUAUCCGUUUUUCGUAAUUGCACAUGUUGGCAUGCUAUAAGUUUAAUAUGGAGCACUCCAUAUUUACUUACUGAGUUUAUCUCAUAGUUUUCCUUGUCCACCAUUUCACGAAGCGAAACUGAGGACAACCCACGGGAAGUGGCGAAUUAGAAGGCUAGCCAUUUCGAGAUUGAUAUAGAUUUUAGAAAUAAAUCAUGCUUUUGUAAGAUAGAUUUUACGUUGAAUUUAUGAGAUCAAAACAGAUUUCGGUCAUUAGAUCAAUUACUUGAGCUUAAGUCAUGUUGUACAUAGAAUUAUUUUGAGAUAUUUGAUUUAAGCUAUUGGAUUGUCAGAUGUGAAUUGGAUAAAUUUCGAGUCUUGUGCAUUUGUGGGACCUUCUCACGAGUGUACGGCGUCUGUCGCGCCUCGAAAUUGAGUUUUGGGGUGUGACAAUCUCUCUCUUAUUUAGUUCCUCUUUCUUAUCUCUCUCAUCAUUCGCUUUUUCUUCCUGUCUCUUUUAUUUGGCCGUCUUACAAGCUAUAAGUUCUACUAAAAGAUCAUUACCUUUCUUAUCCCUAUUUUUAGUGUCAUGCCCUAAAAUCAGGAGCGAAACAGACACCGUGCACUUGUAAACGGGUCUCACAAAUGCACAA